AUGAUUGACAAGGAACAAGGAAACUCAUCUCAUCCUAUCCACAAUAAUUACCUCAAGGUACCUGAGAGAGAUGCUGAGAUCAGUCUGGUGAAGGUUGAGGACAUUCCAAACAAGAAGAACCUUGAAGGAAACCCCCGCCUGCUGCAGCGGAUCCUGGAUGUGCGUAACAAUGAGAAGUCCCAAACCUUCACCUCCCAUGUGAUGAUCUCAAUGGGCUGGGAGAAUGAACUGAUAUCGUGGGAACCCAAUGACUGGUGUGGGAUUGAGAGCGUAGCAGUUCCCAGAGACAUGCUGUGGAUACCAGAUGUCAUGAUCUUAGAGGACAUUUCUGAUACAGGCAGUAUCACAUUGAGCCCCUACACAGAGGUGGCCCACUCUGGCAUGGCCUAUGUGACAGAAAGCCGCCGGUUGACCACCACCUGCAAGAUGAAUCUUUUUAAGUUCCCCUUUGACACCCAGAACUGCAGCAUUACCUUUAUUUCCUUUAUGCUAAAAGGUAUAAAGUUGGGGCCCUUCUCCAACAGCAUUAUCAUGAGCCAAUUUUCCGAAAAGGUCAUGGUUACAUUGGGGGAAUGGGACUUCCUGGGCAUUAGGUUGUCCAUGGAAAAGCUCAUCUACGACAACAACAUUGUUUGGGACAAGCUGGUCUACAAGAUCAGCAUACGAAGAAGGCCCCUUUUAUAUGUGAUCAACCUCCUACUACCACUCUUGUUUUUCCUCAUCCUGGACUUGGCCUCCUUUUUCAUUGAUGAGGCCAAGGGGGAAAAGCUGGGCUACAAAGUGACCAUACUCUUGUCCAUCUCUGUCUUACUGCUGAUUCUAAAUGACAUCCUGCCUUCCACAGCAGAUGACCUGCCACUCAUAGCUCUUUACUGCAUCGUAAUCUUUGCCCUCACGGGCCUCAGUCUCCUGGAGACCAUGCUGGUGAGCUUCCUGAUUGAUAUGGACAGCAGGGUUGAUCACGACAUCCAGACCUCUCCUAAGACCUGUGAAGAGACUCCGGAAGAGACCGAAUGCCAAAGAGAGUCUCAGAGAGAUGCUGAGAUCAGCCUGGUGAAGGUUGAGGACAUUCCAAACAAGGACCUUAAUGGAGACUGGCUGAGCAAUCCCCGCCUACUGCAGCGGAUCCUAGAGGUGCGGAACAUACGGCAGAAAUGGUUUUUUGCUAGCGUGAGAUGUGACAAGAAAAAGCCUGGACUGGUCUCAGACUAG